AUGGUCGCGUCCUACGAUGGAAAGGAGGGUGGCCCAGAGUUCAGCGGGCCAAAGCAUGGCGCCGAGGAUGCCACAGUUUGCGUCACUGGUUUCGAUUCUUUCAGCAACCUCUUCAUGUUUGUAGAAGACGGCGCAGAGAACUCACAUAGCGAGAUCUCCUGGAUUGAUGAUCAAUCCGCAGAGCAGAAGGCGAUGAAAGUCUGCGUUUGCCCUGAGAAAUUUGCUUUGUUGGCUCACCUUUGCCAGUAUGCAACAGUUGCUUGA